AUGUCGUUCAGUCCAAUCCGCUCGGCUCCAACAGACCUCGUGUCGGUCGCUGCGCAGGAAGAGAGGCUCAUCUUUCCGUCCUUCACCGCGCAGAUCGCUUUCGACCUUGGCUGCCUCAUUCGCACCAGGCUUCAGGCGGCGUCGCCCAAGCCCGCCGUCGUAAACAUCACGCUGGCGAACAGCAACCAGCUACUUUUCCAUGCCGCGACCGGUUCCGGCACGCAGGCAGACAAUGACCAGUGGGUUGCGCGAAAGCGUGCAGCAGUGCUCCGGUGGGGUUCGAGCACGUACGCGCUGCACCUCAAGUUCAACGGCAACGAGGCACUCUUCGCGAGUAAAAGCCAGCUGGGGCCGCGCGCAGGCGAGUAUGCGAUCCACGGUGGAGGCAUGCCGGUGAAAGUACGUGGAGUGGAAGGUGUCGUCGGAGUAAUCGUGGUAAGUGGUCUGACGAUGCAGGAGGACCAUGAAGUUAUCGUCGAGGUCGUGGAGGAGUAUUUGAAGAAGCUUCAGUAG